AUGCAAAGUGAGUUGAUUAACCCGGUGCCAUCGCAAGAUGAUGUGAUCAACAACCAAACAGGACUGAGCAAAAAGUGCGACCCGAACGAGUGGCCCGAAGAUAUUAAAAUCGUGUUCAACUUGUACAGAGUGAUGGUGUUCUUUUGGAUUCUCGCCGGGCUCACAUGGCUUGGUGGCGUUGUUUCCAUGCUCACCGAUCUCCUUAAUCUUUCAGUUUCUUAUCAGUUCGACAUUUCUAUUUCAAGAGUCUUCCGAAAAGGCAGAGUCGUCUUCCCUCCAAUUUGGAACCUUCUCGGUAGCUCCAAUUCCGAGUCAAAAUACAUCACGAAAAACGCUAAUAACAGGACGGCAGACGGGAAAGCACUGUAUAAUAUGAACAAUACAAAAUUGGCGUACAUGAACAAGCUCAAUUACAAUCAGCUCAGCCCCUAUCGCAAUCGAAUUCGUCUCGAUAGAAGUCCUAUCGACGACGACAACGAGUUCUACCGCCGGAUCCACAACUCGACCGACAUCGACGAGCAAGUAGAUCUUGACGACUUCCAGCGGCGCAAUCGGAAGAAUCUAACCCACGUGCCGAUGCGAAUCACGCCGCUGAGCAGGAAGUAA